CGACUUCCCCGGCAACUUCUACCAGCCACUCUCAAUGCUUACUUGACUAAUAAGCUCGCAUCCUAUCUGAGUGUUGUUCUCUGUUCCAACAUUUAAAGGAAGACGAAGUUGUUAUCCCGAUAUUUCCGCAGCACCGGCCGGCCGGUGUGGCACGGUCACCAGCAUUAAUCUCCCGUCUCCCCAUCUCCCAUCUCCCACCUCCAAAAAUUGUAAAACGACGCAUAUCACUGCUUGCACACAAAGGCACCCAUCACUAUUCCGCUCAUCAACUCUUGUUGUAGAACAAACUGGCCAUGGCAAUUCCGGUUGCAAUCACAAAGGGCGGCAGAGAGCGCGUACCCCAAGCAUCAGCUCUCUUCGCUGAAGCAUUCGCCACUGAUCCGGUGAUAACGUACAUCCUACAUAACAUGCCAGAAUCAAAACGCCUCACCUACCUACCAAAGUACUUCAACGCACUUUUGACAGCAGCCGCAUUGAACGAUGCUACCUUCAUAGAAAUUGACGAUUUCAAGAGUUGUGUGACUAUGAUGCAUCCUGGGAAGAAAGUCGACAAUCCUUGGACUCUGAUCCCAGCCGGAUUGGUUCAGAUGCUCUUCGAUAUAGGCUUUGGUCCUUGCUGGAGAAUGCUUUUCGAGUUCAGCCCCAUGACGGACCGUUGCAAGCUCAAAGGUCUUCGAGGACAAAAGAAAUACUUCUAUGUAUUUUUCACGGCGACAGCAUCUUCAGCACAAGGACAAGGCCUCUGUACCAAACUCCUCAACCAUUGGCAGGACAUCGCAUCACGUGAGAAGGUGCCAAUGUGGCUCGAAGCAACAACUGAGAAGAGCAUGAAGAUAUAUGCAAAGUGUGGAUUUGAAGUUGUGGAAAGGAUGACUUUAGGUAAAGGCAAGGUUGAGCCGAAGGGGUUGAAGCCUGUGAAAGAAGGUGGAAGUGUGAAAGGAAAGGAGGAGCUCGAGGGUGUCCCAAUUUGGGCAAUGGUUUGGUGGCCGGAAGGUUCGAAGCCAGUUGGAAACUGAUUCCGCUUAGCGAUUACUAAAUAGGUAUUGCUCGAUGAUCUAAAUAUCUAGGGUGUCUGGAAGACUCGAACCAGUUCCCCAGAGAUUUGGACUGUCCACAGGGUAUCCAGGCACCGAUGCACCUCUCCCCCAAGUUUCAAAUCAUGUUCAGACAUGAUUCAACCUUCUCCAAUACCC